AGCCCCAAAGCAAGCGACAUGUCCCUGUGGGGAGCAGAGCCUCUGCACCCCAGAGUGAGGAGGACGCCGGGGUCAGAGGUGGCUGCAAGGCGGGCAGAGGAGGGCCCUGCGGUGGGGGGUGGGCUGGUGGCCCGGGAGCAGUCAGGAAGGGAGGCCGGCUGGUGACAGGAGAGCCCAGAGGCGCGUGGGGCUGCGUGGAGAGCCCGGAAGACUGCGGCCAUGCCUCACAGCUCUGACAGCAGCGACUCCAGCUUCAGCCGCUCUCCACCCCCCGGCAAACAGGACUCAUCUGAUGACGUGAGAAAAGUUCAGAGAAGGGAGAAAAAUCGCAUCGCUGCCCAGAAGAGCCGGCAGAGGCAGACACAAAAAGCCGACACCCUCCAUCUGGAGAGUGAAGACCUGGAGAAACAGAACGCGGCGCUGAGGAAGGAGAUCAAGCAGCUCACGGAGGAGAUGAAGUACUUCACAUCGGUGCUGAGCAGCCACGAGCCCCUGUGCUCCGUGCUGGCCCCCGGCGCGCCCUCGCCCCCGGAGGUGGUGUACAGCGCCCACGCCUUCCACCAGCCGCACGUCAGCUCCCCGCGCUUCCAGCCCUGAGCUCCCCGUGGGCUGGGGAGAGCAGAGCCCCCACCCCCAGCUGCUCCCAGGCCUCGGGAGGGGCACACAGACUGUGACCGGCGGCCCUCGUCCCCCAGCGCUCUCUCUCCACCCGGAGACCCGGAGGCGGGGGCCGGACCAGGACUGCGCACAGGACGCAGCUGCCGGCGGUGUGUGCGGUCUCCCGCCGCGUGGCCGCCCAACGGGCAGCGUGGGCUGGACCUGCAGGUGGGUGGGAGGCCCGAUCCAGAGCUGUGUCCCGCAUAACGCCCAAGUCCCGUGGCACGGAGGGAGGAGGGUAGGGAAGGGUUAUUUUUCUAAAUAAACGUUUUAAAAGAAACCAAUCUGUCAAGGGCUUGAAA